ACAAUGAAUUAUUGUUGCCCCAAGUUGAACACAAAAAUCAAAAAAAUAUAAAAAAAAAUUGAGUCUCAGAACAGAGGUAGUUGAGUCAGAUAAUUUUGGCCAUGCACGGUUACAGGAAAGAGUUUACGCAUUUCUCCCCUUAUUUCCUGUCCAUUUAAUUUUCUGAUUCCCUCUUUCACUCACCAGCGGUUAAUACCUUCUUACAUCAAUUUUCCUGCUCCCAAAAAAACACACCCACCCAUAAAUUCACAAAUUCACAAAUUCAGAUGUGAUGUCUCUUCCCUCCCUAUCCCUAUAAAUACACCUUUAUUUACACCAUUAUAACAAUAACAAGUAAUAAUACUAAAAAGAAAAAAGAUCAUAAUCCAUGGAGGGAGAUGAAGCGGCCAUUAAUGUACCUUUAGAGAUACAUAGUGUUCCAUUACCACCCAAGAAAUCUACAUUGCACAAACUCAAAUAUAAACUUACUGAGAUUUUCUUUCCUGAUGAUCCUCUUCAUCAAUUCAAGAAUCAAAGUUUGAAAACUAAGUUUAUUUUGGGUUUUCAGUACUUUUUUCCAAUUCUUCAAUGGCUUCCUACUUAUGGUUUGCAACUCUUUCGAUCUGAUCUUGUUGCUGGUCUUACCAUUGCUAGCCUUGCCAUCCCCCAGGGUAUAAGCUAUGCAAAGUUAGCAAAUUUGCCUCCUAUAAUAGGAUUAUAUUCAAGCUUUGUACCACCAAUUAUAUACUCGGUUCUGGGAAGCUCCAAACACUUGGGUGUGGGUCCAGUCUCAAUAGCAUCACUAGUAAUGGGUGCAAUGCUAACUGAAUUUGUCUCUCCUACUAAUGAACCAUCCUUGUAUCUUAAACUUGCCUUCACUUCUACUUUUUUUGCUGGCUUAUUUCAGGCCUCUUUGGGCUUCUUCAGGUUGGGAUUCAUUAUUGAUUUCUUAUCAAAGGCCACAUUGAUUGGCUUCAUGGCUGGAGCAGCAAUCAUUGUCUCUCUUCAGCAGCUCAAAGGGUUGCUUGGUAUAACUCAUUUCACUAGCAAAAUGGAAAUUAUUCCUGUCAUGUCUUCUGUUUUUAGCCACAAAAAUGAGUGGUCAUGGGAAACAAUAGUAAUGGGGAUCAGUUUUCUGGUAAUCCUACUGACAGCAAGACACAUUAGUUCCAAAAAGCCAAAACUCUUCUGGAUAUCAGCAGCAGCUCCAUUAACAUGUGUGAUAGUAUCAACCAUUCUAGUGUUUUUCCUCAAAUCCUAUGCAGAUAAGAUUCCUAAAAUUGGUCAAUUGCCAAAGGGUCUUAAUCCUCCUUCAGCAAACAUGUUGUACUUUCACUCUUCCUAUAUUGCUUUAGCUGCAAAAACAGGUCUCAUUACUGGAAUAUUGUCUCUAACAGAGGGAAUUGCAGUUGGUAGGACAUUUGCAUCAUUGGAAAAUUAUCAAGUGGAUGGGAACAAAGAAAUGAUGGCAAUAGGCAUAAUGAACAUUGUUGGUUCAUGCUCAUCAUGUUAUGUAACUACAGGAGCAUUUUCUCGGUCUGCUGUGAACUACAAUGCAGGAGCAAAAUCAGCUUUCUCCAACAUUAUAAUGGCAACAGCAGUACUAGUUACUCUGCUCUUCCUUAUGCCCCUCUUCUACUACACUCCCAAUGUUGUCUUAGCAGCAAUUAUUAUAACUGCUGUCAUUGGACUGAUAGACUACGAAGCCGCUUUCCGAUUAUGGAAAGUUGACAAACUCGAUUUCUUGGCUUGUUUGUGCUCCUUUCUUGGCGUUCUCUUUAUCUCAGUUUCAUCCGGCCUUGCUCUUGCUGUCGGAAUAUCAUUAUUCAAGAUUCUCCUACAUAUAACUAGACCAAACAUUGUGUCAUUGGGUAACAUCCCGGGUACUCAAAUGUUCCAAAGCCUUGAACGUUACAAGAACGCCUUAGGGAUCCCCUCAUUCCUCAUUUUAAGUGUCGAAGCACCAAUAUACUUUGCUAAUUCAAUGUACCUCCAAGAAAGAAUACUAAGAUUUAUCAGGGAGGAGGAAGAGAGGAUUCAAUCCAACAAUGAACCUUUGCUUAAAUGUGUAAUUUUGGACAUGACAGCGGUGACAGCCAUAGAUACGAGUGGAAUCGAUGCCAUCUUUGAGCUCGGAAAGCGCAUCCAAAAGAAAUCAUUACAGCUGGCUCUUGUGAACCCAGUUGGAAGUGUGAUGGAAAAGCUUCAUAAAUCAAAGGUGGUUGAUAUAUUUGGUUCUGAUAAUGGAGUUUACAUGUCUGUUGGAGAAGCCAUUUUGGAUAUGAGUGCUUCUAGGAAGGCAGAUAGCUUAGCUUAGCUUACAUUUCUGCUAUCUGAUUUCUUCUGAAGGAUUCAACAAGUUCAUCAUUUAUUGCUUAUUAUAGCUUAUCAAAUUUGAAUCAUGGAGUGUAUAUUACUACAAAACCAACAGAAUCUAUAUAUGUAGUAUAUAGUAAAUGCAAAAAAUUGGAACAAUUAUAAAUUCUACAUGAUCCUUGGUAGAGGUGUCCAUUCUAGACAUCGAGUUAA